AAUCAGUUUUCUGUUUGGAAUCGCGAGACUUCGAUAAUUGGACGAUUGAAUUUUUAAAAAAAGAAUACGGAGAAACGUAUAAUUCGAGAGAAACCAUUUAAAAUUUCAUAAGUAAUUGCCGUUACUUUACAUUUCUUUGUCGGAGAACGUUAACUUUGAGUUACAUAACUUCGAAUAUGGCUUCUAAUACUGAAGACGAGAAUAAAGAUAGAGACAAGGGCACGUUUGCUAGUUUAAAUGCAAAUAAUAGAGUGAAUGGGAGUGAGGAUGAGGAAGAAAUCGAAAUGGAACGUUUAGACAGUAAGGAAAAGAAAACAGUUAUCAACGAAUUGCCUAAUUUGGGAAACGUCGAAGAGCUAUUUUUCAAAUGUGUAGAAACUGGCAAUUUAAAUGAACUGAAGAAAUUCCUUUCGGAAAAACCCGAAUUGAAUAUCAAUUGCUUGAAUUUUCAAGGUUAUUCUGCUCUGCACAUUGCAAUUAAUAACGAAUUAUUGGAUAUUGUAGAAUUUUUGAUUUCUAUACCGGAAAUAAACUUGUCCGAUUGCGUUUUACACGCAAUUUCUAUAGGAAAUAUCGAGAUAACCACCGCCAUUUUAGAUGCUCUCAAGAAUAAAGACCCGGAUCUGGAAUUUGUUGCAUAUCCCGAUAGCAUAGAAUUUAGCUUAGGGGUGACGCCACUCGUUCUCGCCGCACAAAAGGGAAAUAUAGAAAUGAUUCGUUUGUUAAUCAAGCGAAAUCACCAAGCUAGCAUUCCACACAUCCCGACAUGUUUGUGUAGAGAAUGUAAAGAAGUAAUUCGAGAAACAGGAAUACUGGAUUUGACAACAAAGAGACUAGAUAUUUUUAAGGGAAUUUGUAAUCCUUAUUAUAUUUGCCUUUCUUCAAGUGAUCCAAUAUUGACGGCCUUCGAUCUGGAUCUACAACUAAAGUUUUGUGCUGAAAUGGAGAAAGAAUACCACAUGGAAUAUAAUGCACUGUCGGAAAACUUACGCAUGUUCGCUGUCGAUUUAUUAUCUCAAUGUUCAGAUAUUCAGGAAGUUGAAAAAAUAUUAAAAUUAAAAAGAGGUUCUUCUUGGAAAAGAUCAAAAUAUCCAAGACUACAAGUAGCUUUGGAUUACAGACAGAAAGAAUUUGUUGCUCACCCAAGCGUCCAAAAAAUAGUUACCGCGGAAUGGAACGGUGUAUGGACGGCAUUUUCGAAGUACCGUGUUUGGAAGAAAGGCUUAAUCAUUCUAUUCCGUAUGUUUAUUCUUCCUGUAGUUUUCUUCACUGUUUUUUUAUUUCCUAAAUCUCAUUUGGGAAAAAGAUGGAAAUGCCCUCAAAGUAGAUUCCUCAACGAGUUGGCAUCUUAUCUUAUAUUUUUGAUUUUUCUGUUCCUGCUUAUCCAAAUCCAUACAGAGCAAUCGUUUCGUGGGCCUCCCAACACUGGUCUAGAAGCAGUGGUUGUUGUAUGGGUAUUAGGAUAUUUAUUUUCCUCAUUAAGAUCUUUGUGCCUUCAAGGUUGGAAAAGAUUUCAGCAAUACUGGUGGAACAUAUAUUCUUUGGUCAUGGAACUACUUUUUAUAUUGACGUUUAUAUUUUGGAUUCUCUCGUGGGCGGAUGUUUUAGAAUAUGGUUUUGCCGAUCUCCCUAGAAAUUUUUGGCCUGGUUACGAUUAUACUUUAAUUCACGAAGGUCUCCUGUGCAUCACUGGAAUUAUGGCGGUUGGUCGAUUAUUUUAUUUCUUUCUCGUGAGUUCUCGAUUGGGACCACUGCAGAUUUCUCUGCUAGUAAUGAUAAAGAAUGUGGCUCUGUUUUUGAUAGCAUGCUCCAUUUUAUUAUGCUUACUGGCAGUCUGCAUGGCUAACUUAUACGCACCUUACCGAAAAAUGAGGCAAACCGAUGACCAAGGAGAAAUUACGGUCCAGUCCACAGCUUUUACGUCAAUUGCUAAUUCCAUAUACACUUUAUUCUGGACAAUAUUUGGAUUGGUUGAUCUCGAUUCAACAAAUAUAAUUGUUUCAAAUAUAGAUUUACAAACAACAGAUGUAGUUCAUCACACUUUAACUGAAGCCACUGGACAAAUUUUAUUUGCAGUUUAUCACAUUUUUAUGAACAUCGUCUUUAUUAACAUUUUGGUGGCAGUUCUUAUAAACAAUUUCCAAGCAGUGAUGGAUGAUGCCGAUAAAGAAUGGAAAUUUAGUAAAACUAUGCAAUGUGUGCUGUACUUUCGAGAUGCCGAAUUAUUUCCAUCACCGUUCAAUCUCAUUCCAAACUGCUUUUAUAUAGCUAACUUCAUCAGAUCUGUCAGAAAGGCCAUGAAAAUCAAAGAUCCUGCGCUCAAAAAGCCAGUACAUACAUUACUGUCUUGCUUUCCAUGCUGCUAUGUGGAAGAUGAUGAAGAAAAGCAUGAUGAUCCUGUUGAAUACCAGGAAUUAAUGACUAAAAUGAUCCAAAGAUACUUAAAAAGCCAAUCUCUCGAUGUCAGCCUUAGCAAAAUAAAACUUUCAAAAUCAACUUUGAAUAUAUAACUUGUAAAAUUUUGUUUUCAAAUAAAAAUUCCCGAAUACAGUUUAAUUCUGGGUU